CGGGCUAAAUAUCAACGAGGAGAAAUCAAAAUUUAUGAUAAAUCUUGUUCUCAGCGCCUAAUAUCAAUAUUGAGGAUAAUGAGAUUGAGAGGAUUGACAGCUAUGUAUAUCUUGGUUAUGAGGUUCAUGUAUCAAGAGAUAAUCAAACAAGCGAACCACACUUGUAUGGGCAGCCUACGGGAAACUUAGAGACAUCUUCAAGAGAAAAGGCUGAGAAAGGUUUUCAAUCAAUGCGUGUUUCCGGUUAUGACUCCACUACCAGGAGGGUCCAAGUAACGCAAAGAUAGAUGGGGAGGUCGAUCCUGGGUCUAACUCUGAGGGACUACAUACGAAAUGAAGACCUAUGAAGAAAACCUGACGUAAAUGAUGUGGUCAACAUUUUGGCAAAACUUAAGUGGAAUUGGGCGGGUCAUGUCGCGCGAGUGAAGAAUGAGCAGUGGACAAAACGGUUGCUUGAGUGGAGACCGCGACGGAACAGACGAAGUAGACGUCAAUAGAAUGACCAACAAUCGGAUUCAGACAGCACAGAAUAGAAUCGAAUGGAACAGAAUAGGGGAGGUCCAACAAUGGACGCAAAGGGCUGCUUGGUGAUAAUAAUCAUAAUAACUUGAUUUAAUCUAAAUUACGACGGAUUCGUCUAAUGAUAAUGAUUCGUCUUAGAUUGUUGACAAUUCUUCGUCUACAACGUCCUCAUCAUCUUUCUCUUCAUUUUUUUUUUGAAUUUGAUAUAUUUUUACUGGUAUCACUUUUAUACCCACUGUUUGGGUAUUUACCUAGCGCUCAUCACUGGUCGAUAGGGAAGUUGCUGGCAGCAUUGUGGGCUAAAAAUUGUAGAUGGAAAUGAAUUGGAGGAAUUUCGGAUUGUAUACACUUAAAGAGUGGGGUUUGCGGGUGUCGGAUAUGCAUAAUACAUCUAAUAGCUAACCUGGUUCCUCUAGACGCGUCAGAUAGGAUUCUAUGCACCACUAUAUUCGAUUUUCGAUUUUUUCAUCUUCACCUUAAUGGCAUGAUCAGAAAACUUUAACAUUCUGUCAAUCGCAAUCCCAGGUAGUUGCUUUGGUAAAUACUGAAAUAUGGCAGUGGAUGACGUUGGGAGAAGGAGCAUAGAUGGGAAGACAUGGAACGAAGAAUUGGAUUUACUUGAAUUCGUUAUUUCUGCAGCUAGUUCUCUGUAGAUUGAAUCAACACCUGCAACUUGUGAACUAUUGAUCCGACGUUUGGAUCGUAUGUUACCAAAGUGGUGUCGUUAUCGUAGAGUAAGGCAUACGAGUUCAAAUCAAAAGUAUUUAGGUUGUUAUUGUAAAUAUCGCUGCAAAACACGUUAUAGAUUGCCGGGAAGACACUUGGGGACCAAAAAUUGAUUUUGUUGAAGAAUAUAAUUUGUAAGCAACCACGAUGAAUACUUUUAAAAGUUAUCGUAUUUCUUGACGUUGCAACAUUUACAUUGAGCAGAAUAGAUACAGAAAAUUGUCAGCGUUUGGAAUCAAAAUCCAAGUUGGAGAAAAGAAACACCUAGUAUCAGCAGAAGAUGAAUGUGUGGGUACGAAUAAUACAACAUUCUUAUCUUUCUGGUCCCAUACUUUUUUUUGAAGGAACUUAACUGGUGAUGAAUGCAUGGAUUUUUUACAAAACGAUCAUAUUCUCCUGUAAGAACAAGAUGGAGCGAGAGUCGUAUUCAAGCUUAAUUAAACGAAUUGUUUCGCAAUCGAUGAAUUGAAAGAAGAGGACUAAUUGCAGGGUAAUCGAGAUUAUCAGAUUUGAUUCCGUUGGAUUUCUAAAAAGUUAAAUUAAUAAAUGCUUAAGAUGGACUUUUUAAAAUCAGAUUGUAAGAUGAAAUUUAUCCAAUAAUUUCCGAUUUUUUUUUGCACAUAUCAGAAAAAGAAUAUUGUUCAUAUUCUGUAACAAUCGAGGUUGAAAUUUUCAAUUGAGGUCUUCAAUAUUUUCAUCAAAUAAAGAUUUAGCAAAAAUUUUGGACUGUUUCAGCAAUUUUUCUUGACAAUGUUUUUAUGGUGCAUUCAUAAUUUUUGCAAAAUAAAUUAUUUUGCCAUACUUAGUCAUUUGUUUCCUCUUUACUAGCUUUGUCAACAAUUUUAUCUCAUCAACAUAGUUUGAUUGUUAAUCACCAACGUUGUCCAAAUAAUUUUAAAAUUAUUUUUUGUCUUAGUUAUACAAAUAGAUUAUUUUGCCGAUUGAAUAUGAAUGACCAACCAAAAAAAGAAAUAACAUUAUCAUUCAAAGAGGUCGUCCCAAAGUGAAUCACGGCCAAGUUAUCACCUACUAUCUAAAACCAAAAAUAAGUAAUGGCUAUCAGUGACCUGUAUGUCUACAAAUUCGUCGGGCGUGUGUAAUAUUUCAAUUAGAGUCGCCCAAAAAUACCACCCAAAGUAAGAAUUUAGGUCUUGCGACAAAGUUUCAUGUACGAAAUUAAACUUUGAAUCAUUUCAACGUUCCUAAAUUAACGUAACCAUUCCACCUGUACUCGGAAAACAAAACCAAAAACGGAUUUGAAACAUAUUUUAAUAAGAUUUAAAAUCUCCUCUUUAAUAUCUCUAUCUCAUUUUUUUCUUACUCGCUCUUCGUGCAUAUUCACUUUCGUUCGGCGACGUUAGGCGUUGCGUAACGUGUGCAUCCGGUUUGGUUGCGAAUUGAAAGAACGAACUGAACGGUGCAACCAGGGGUGUAGAGCGCAAGAAUGCGCAGACGAGCAUUCUUUCCACGGCCAUAUAUGCAGAGGCUCUCGCGUCGCGGUGUUGCAGUCAGUGCGCGUCUUUUCGCCAGGUUUGUCCUCCUUUCAAAUCUUCUUCCUUCUUCGACAUCGUCAUCGUCGAAAAUGAGCGCGCCUCCGCAUCAUCACUAUACUUCCGGAAGGACGAUGCACCCCAGAAGGUCAUACGAUGUUUCAUUUACAACACAUCGAUCUACGUCUAAAGUCAUCAUUUCGAAUUUAGCACCAAUGGUUCGGUUCGAAGAUAUCCAACACCUGCUUCAACCCCAUGGGAAGGUAAUCUCUUGUGAUAAACUUACCUCCAAAGAUCCCAACACGCAAACGGUGCAGAUUACCUUUGAAACAGCAGAUCAGGCACAAUUGGUGGUGAAUCACAUAAAUGGAUACGAAUUGGAAGGAAGAUCAAUGAAAGUAGAACUCGCUGUUGAAAAGAAAGCAAGAAGAGCUCCACGAGGUCCGGGAGCACCAUUUGGAGGACUGCCAGGACAAAGUCGUCAAACUGACUUCCCACUUCGAAUAUUAGUGCAAAGCGACAUGGUUGGUGCCAUAAUUGGUAGGCAAGGUUCCACGAUUAGACAAAUAACUCAACAAACUCGUGCUCGCGUCGACGUUCACCGGAAGGAUAAUGUCGGCUCACUGGAGAAAGCCAUCACCAUCUACGGUAACCCCGAAAAUUGCACGAACGCGUGUCGGCGUAUUCUGGAGGUGAUGCAGCAGGAGGCCAAUAACACGAACAAAGGCGAAAUCUCGCUCAAAAUCCUUGCACACAACAAUCUUAUUGGACGAAUCAUCGGAAAAGGCGGUAACACCAUCAAACGAAUCAUGCAGGAGACGGAAACUAAAAUCACCGUUUCCAGUAUUAAUGAUAUUAAUUCGUUCAAUUUGGAACGUAUUAUAACCGUUAAGGGUAGCAUAGAAAAUAUGAGCAAAGCGGAAGCUCAAAUUAGCGCGAAAUUGAGGCAAAGUUACGAAAAUGAUCUUCAAGCAAUGGCUCCACAAUCGAUGAUGUUCCCCGGAUUACAUCCGAUGGCGAUGAUGGCAACAGCAGGUAUAGGCUAUGGUUCAAGGGGUUUGUACACAGGCCAAGCACCAUACCCGGGAAUGUAUCCUGCUGGAGGGGCGCAAGCCGGCGGAGGGGACAGCCAGGAGACGACGUACCUAUAUAUACCGAAUAACGCCGUGGGGGCCAUCAUCGGUACGAAGGGUUCGCACAUUAGGAACAUCAUACGCUUCUCAGGUGCCACAGUCAAAAUCGCUCCCCUCGACGAGACCAAACCGCAGGAUACACAAACCGAGCGGCGAGUCACCAUCGUUGGAUCGCCCGAAGCUCAAUGGAAGGCUCAGUAUUUAAUUUUCGAAAAAAUGCGAGAAGAAGGUUUCGUAGCUGGAGCUGAUGAUGUUAGAUUAACAGUUGAGAUUAUGGUGCCUAGCUCGCAAGUUGGAAGAAUAAUCGGAAAAGGUGGUCAAAAUGUUCGCGAACUACAACGAGUUACCGGUAGCGUUAUUAAACUGCCAGAACAAGGUGCUAGCCAACAAGAAGAUGAAACAACUGUACAUAUCAUCGGACCCUUCUUCAGUGUUCAGAGUGCGCAAAGACGUAUUCGUGCUAUGGUACUACAAUCGGUUGUGCCACCACAAGGAAGACCAAGGUCGCAGCGUGCACCAAAAGAGUCCGGACAACAAUCGGACAUGCCGUUGGAACAACAACAUCAGCAACAACAACAACAACAGCAACAGCAACCGUAAGAAAGUAUCGCGAGCGAUCAAAAUAUAAGUCCCACUGCCCAACCAAAAAAAACGAGAAGCACGGGUUUAUGUGUACCCUAUUAUUAUAAAAAACAACCACUAUUGCUAUUAGUAUCAACAUUGUAAAUAACAUCUCGAGGCCUUCCACUACGCCGCAAUAGGUACUGAAUCCUUUGAUGAGUAAGGAGCGCGAGUAAAAGAGACCGAGAGAAAAAAGAACAAAUUUUUCGGGUCUUUCCCCGCGUGUCGUGCCCAGCGAAUUAUUAAAAAAAAAACAUGGAGUGGCAUGCGAGAUGAUUUAUUAUUAUUUUUUUUAUUCGUUAGUGUUGUUACGGUUUAUGAUUUUCGUUCUUUUACCGUUUCUGUCUUUUUUUCUAUUAUUAAUAUUAUUAUCGCUGUUUCUUUUUAUUGAUGGUUGAAGAUGAUUUUUUUUCAUUGAGUACGGGAUUCGUUACGCUAUAUAAGACAUUUUUUACGCUCGAGUGUUCCCGCCUCCCCUGGAAAUAAUAUGGUAUACUAUAAACUGCGUGCCCCCAUAUACAACUACUAAAUAUGAUUACAAUCUACCUCAAGAAAUCAAAAUAUACUAGACGAUUCUUAUUAGCCAAUAGUAAAUUUCCGUUACUGAACCACAAUAGCCUAAAUACAUUAAUACAUACUACAUAAAUACAUUUUUAUAUUUAUAUACACAUAAACGCAAGAGAGAAAGAGAGCUACGCAGAACAUAUAAUAUACAAAAAAAACUACAAUUAUGUAUUCGUAUUACGAUAAAUAUAUAUUACAUACAAGCGCACAGUUUAAAAAUGAACAAAGUUAUUUUUUUAUAAUUAUCGUAAUUGUAUAACAGUUUUACCAAAGAUACGCUGGAGAUCUUAUUUUUUUUGUAUUAUUACUAUUUGCUGAGUCAUGUUAGCUAUCUAUGUAUAUACACACACACGUAACUUGCAUCUUAGCUGCAAAAACUUAUAGCAUAAGCCGAAUUUGGGACUUUUAAAAACUUAAACAAAAACAUAAAAAAAAAUCGAUUAAUUACAACUAAUUUACACAAAAAAAGGAAGGUUACACAACUUUCGUUUCCGACAAAGAAAAAAGAACCGAUCGUGGCGACAUUUUUCAUCUUUUCAAUUUUCCAGUUGGAGUGAAAGUGUCUCGAGUAUUAAAACAUUUUAAUCGACGAUUUAUAGGGAAGAAACAGGAAGUGUGGCGAAAAACUUAGGUGUAGAUAUAUUGUACGGACAGCCGAGAUUGAAAAAAUGUGCGGGUGAAUGACAUUUUUUUAACUAUUAUAAUUAUAUUGUUAGGAGAUUGUUAAAAAAAUUGUUUCGAGUAUUUACUAAUUGUAGUAAAUGUUUUUGCGCGUACACUGCCCUUAGAAUUAUAUUAUUACGACGUCGAAACAAUUUCUAAUGGGGGUAUCUAAUACAAAAUUACCUUUUUUUUUUUGAAUUAAUAAUAAAUUAGACUUGGAUAAAAAUGAUAGAUACACCCUUUCGGAUUAGCCCCCUUUUAUAGCUUUUUUAGUUUAUCUUUUCCCGUCCUAAUUAGGUUCGUUUAAAAGUUUUAACGAUUAAUGUACGAGUUUUUGGGGGAUAAUCGGUUAAGAGAUUGUUGAAGCGUUGUUUCGGUGCGUGUGGCGGUGUACUAGCAAAUUUGUGUGAUACCAAAAUCGGACGAGGCUCGAAAGAAGCCUUUCCAAAAAGCGGCUCCGGUACCUUGUGUCAAGGUCGGCCGCAAGUUAAAAGUACAAAGUGAAUAUGAUUAUCGGGAGGUAUAAAUGAUGGGCCAGGUUGGCCGCUGAUGAAAUUAUUUUUGAUAAAAAUUGUUUGUUGGGGAGGAUUUUUUUUGUUAGAUUUAAAAACCUAAAAAAAAACUAUGAGAAAGCGGCCGCGCGUCGCUUUUUGAUAUGUGAAAAAAAUGGAUAUAUUAUUAUUAUAUAAUAUAAUUAAUAUUUAUUGUAAUGUAUAAAAGAGGAAUUAAAUUAUUUGUACAGAUUUAUAAGAAAAAAAUGAGAAAAAUUUUAAAAAUCUAAAGUGUGCCAAAGCGCAAGAUGGUUACCAACCUUAGGACUUAAGUGAUUUUUGAGGGUACAUGAAUUUAUUUUUUUUUGGCUACGAUGGUGUAAGCACUGAAGAACAGACAGGAUUCCCCCUUAAAAGAUGGGAUUACACGAUCAUCAAAGUCGUUCCAAAAUCGGAGCGUGUCCACAUUCAAAAUAAUAAUAAAUAAAAUGAUUCUAAAAAUCGAAUCAAAAACUUAACGUACAAACGACUUUAACGAAUACAGUACAAAAUACGGGGACUAGUUAGAGUUUGAGGUUUGUCAAAUGUAAUCCAUUUGUUUCACACUGCCACUUACAAUAACAUCGAGUGACAUUAAAAUUAACAAAAUCUAACACUUUUUUGUCAGUUAAAUAAUUUCCACACAGCCCCCCUCCAAAACAAAAAAAAAAACAAAAAAAGCAUGGCAAGAUUCCAUCCAAUUCGAUCAUCCUCCAAAUUAUUGCAAAGAAUAAAAAAAAAACGUUUUAACGAGAAGAAAAAUCUGUAUAGGUUGUAAGGAAAACACCUCCCCUCCCCCUAGCAUAUGAACAUUUCGUAUAAAAAAAAAAUUAAAUUUGAGCAAUCCCACAAAGCAUUGCCCACAAAAAAAGAAAUACAAUCGUAUUCCGAACGAGCAUUUAAAUAAAUCUUAAAAAAAAAAUAAAUAAAUCGGUCUCGAUAUAAAUACAUUUUCAAAAAAACACGUUGUGUACUACGGAGUCGCGUAACGUGUUUGGGUUAAAAAUGAAAUCUUUAGAAACGAACGUUACUCUCUACGCGAUUAAGAGAGAAUGCCGCUUCAAAAUAAAAUAAAAAAAAACUACCUUGAAUAGCUUGAAACUAUUGUAUGACGAGUUAAAUUAAAAUAAAAAAUGCUGUUAGCCUGUUAUAGAUGUUUUUCGAAAAAAAAAAAAAAUAAUAAGAAUAAUACAAGGUACUUACAUUAGUUAUCCGCUUCCAAUACAAUUUUAAUAAAAGCGAAACGAGAAAAUCAAAAGCAUCUCAAAAAAAAGGUUAAGGAAAAACAAGCUGUUAACUUCUAACAAUAAUAUGUCAUUUUUUAAAAAUGGGAAAAUGUAUAUAAUUAAAUACUGUUAAAAAAGUUAAAAAAAAACAGGUAUUUUUUACCUUGUAAGUUCAAUAAGUUCCUUCUAUCUAUUGGUAUUUUUUUAUGAAGUAAAUAAUUCAUAAUGUAUGAUUCAAUCCCGAAAAAUAGAAUAGAUAGAAAUACAAUUUUCAAGUUACACUUUUUUUUUACAUAACUUUAUAUUUUUUAUUAAUACAUAUUUACUUUUAUCGGAUUAGUUACUACUGUAUUAAAAUAAAGUUGUAUGUUCAAUAUAAAAAAAGCUCGAGAGUUUUAUUAAGUUGGUUUUUAUUACACAUUUAUAAUUAUGUUUAAUUAUAAUAUUGAGAUUUCAAAAUAAUUAAUAAAUACAGUGGUGGACAAAAGUUUACAUACAGUAUUGAAUUAAUUGUACAACGUAAUAAUAAGAUAAGAAAAAAUUAAUAUUAUAGUGUGAUUAGAGAUACUUAUGUACAAGAAACAACAAAACAAAUCGCUUAACAGCUAUAAAAAUUCAACUAAUAUACGGUAGUUUAUUUCGUUGGCCCUCCAUGAGCUUUUAUAACAACACGCAUGCGUCGUAGCAUUGAAGCAACUAAUUGUUCUGCUGUUAUUUCAGCUCAAGAUUCCAUUAACGCAUAUUUUAGUGUUCUUGCGUUCCAAAAGCUCCCAAGCAUGCUCGAUUGGAUUUAAAUCCAGACUCUAAGGAGGUGUAUUCAACUGCCUGGGUGCAUAAUAUAGUAGAUCCAACGAUCCUCGAGGAACAAGCUUACUUUUAUAUUUUAUCGAUCCAUAAUUUCAUCAAUUAAUGCCAGUUUUCCUCCACCAGAUGCUGCCAUCGCCACCCAAACCAUGACACUAACUCCGCCGUGCUUAACAGUUGGUACCAAAUUUUUCAACUCCAUCGCCGUGCUUCGUUUCUUCCAAAUUUCAACCCGAAAAUCAUUUCCAAAAAGGUUGUACUUCAACUCGUCAGUAAA